CCCCGCCCCGCCCCGCCCCGCCCCCGCACGGCACGGCGGGGGACGGAACGGCACACCUAGCCGCGGCGGCGGUGGUGCGGAGCUGAGCCGUGCGGCCCUCGCUUGCCUCCUGCGUGGUGCCUGUCUGCCCUCGGCUCUGAGAGCUGUCGGCUCCGGCCCCCUGCCAUGUUCUCCAGGAAGGGCCAUGCCGACGCCAGGAAGUGCACGCAGAAGGCGCUGGACCCCAAGCGGGACGUGCUGACCCGCCUCAAGCACCUCCGGGCGCUGCUGGAUAUUGUGGAUGGAAGUGACCUGAAGCAGUUAUUUGAGAACAAUUAUUCUCAAUUUUUUUUAAUCUUCUAUGAAAACUUCAUAACACUGGAAAAUAGCUUGAAACAAAAAGGGAAUAAAUCACAAAGGGAGGAGCUGGACUCCAUUCUCUUUCUCUUUGAAAAAAUAUUGCAGCUACUACCUGAGAGGAUUUUUUAUCGAUGGCAUUUUCGCAGUAUAGGGUCGAUUUUGAAGAAACUUUUGCACACUGGAAACUCCCUCAAGAUAAGAUGUGAAGGAAUCCGACUGUUUCUUCUCUGGCUUCAAGCACUUCAGACUAACUGUGCAGAAGAGCAGAUAUUAAUAUUUGCGUGCCUUGUGCCUGGUUUUCCACCAAUUAUGUCCUCACGAGGUCCCUGUACACUAGAUAACCUCAUUAGUCCUCCUAAUUCACCAGAUGCUAAGAUUUUUCCAGAAGAAAUUACCCCACUUUUGCCAGCUGUUUCUGGAGAGAAAAUUGCAGAUGACCAAACCUGCUAUUUUCUUCAGCUACUGUUAAAAUAUAUGGUAAUUCAGGCUGCAAGUUUGGAGUGGAAGAAUAAGGAGAACCAAGACACCGGGUUUAAGUUUCUGUUUACCUUGUUUAGAAAAUACUACCUUCCGCACUUGUUUCCAUCUUUUACAAAGCUAACUAACCUCUACAAACCUGUUCUAGAUAUUCCUGAUAUAAGACCAAGACCAGUAUACAUUACUGCAACACGAAACAAUGAAAAUGUCUAUAGCACAAAAAUUCCAUAUAUGGCAGCUCGAGUUGUUUUUAUUAAGUGGCUUGUUACCUUCUUUCUUGAAAAAAAAUAUUUAACUGCUGUUCAGAAUACAAAAAAUGGAGGAGAAAUGCUCCCUAAAAUUAUUCAGACUGUUGGUGUUGUGAACCAAGAUAAAAACCCAGAGCUGGAAACUGGCAUGUCUUAUGCAGGCGAGCAGGAGAGAAGCCAUUCGAACAGCAGCACCUUGUCUGACCGACGGCUCAGUAAUUCCAGCCUCUGCAGCAUCGAAGAGCAGCAUCGAACUGUUUAUGAGAUGGUGCAGAGAAUCCUCUUGUCCACACGAGGAUAUGUUAACUUUGUUAAUGAGGUGUUUCGACAGGCUUUUUUGUUGCCUUCUUCUGAUAUAUCUGCAACGCGAAAAGUGGUUAAGGUCUAUAGAAAGUGGAUAUUGCAAGAGAAGCCUGUGUUCAUGGAGGAGCCAGACAAAAAGGAAAACAGUGAGGAUGCUGUUGUCAGCUUAGAGGAUUCAUCAGUGCAAACGGAUGGUAAACAUCUUUCCUCUGACCACUCAGGACAUAAGCGCUCAUCCAGCUGGGGAAGAACGUACUCCUUUACCAGUGCUGUUAACAGAGGAUGUGUAUUAGAAGACGAGGACAAAAAUGUUAAAGCUGGUGCUCAAGCUGUAUUACAGGUGUUCUUGACAAACUCUGCAAAUGUUUUCUUAUUGGAACCAUGCAUUGAAGUCCCUGUGCUUCUGAAGGAGCAAGUUGAUGCUUGCAAAGCAGUUCUGAGCAUUUUUAGGCGCAUGAUAAUGGAACUACCAAUGAAUAAAAAGACAUGGGAACAGAUGUUACAGAUACUCCUCAGAAUAACAGAAGCUGUGAUGCAGAAGCCAAAAGAAAACCAUAUAAAGGAUACGUUUGCUCAGAGCAUGUCAGGGUUACUUUUUCGAACCCUCAUUGUGGCUUGGAUCAGAGCAAACCUGAGCGUUUACAUUUCUCGGGAGCUGUGGGAUGAACUGCUUAGUGUUCUGUCUGCCCUGACCGACUGGGAGGAGCUCAUAAACGAGUGGGCCAAUAUCAUGGACUCUCUAACAGCAGUGCUGGCAAGAACUGUGUAUGGGGUAGAAAUGACAAACUUACCCUUGGAUAAGCUCAGUGAACAAAAAGAAAAAAAGCAGAGAGGAAAGGGUGGCAUUUUAGAGCCUCAAAAGACAGCUCUAGUGGGAAGAUCUUUUUCAUUAAGCUGGAAAAGUCAUCCAGAAGUAGUGGAGCCAAUGAGAUUCAGAAGUGCUACCACCUCUGGAGCCCCAGGAGUUGAGAAAGCAAGAAAUAUUGUUCGUCAGAGAGCAACAGAAGUUGAAGAAUCCCAGCAGUCGGAAACUUCAGCAGGAACAGAAGCUACAGGCCUAUUUGUAGAGCAAGAGCAGCAACUUACUCGAAGUAGCAGCACUUCAGAUAUUGCAGAUCAGUUUCCAUCCGAUUUUUUUCAAGGUAAGAAGGCUGGAAGUUCUCAUAAUUUAUCUUCUUCAGACUCCAAAUCGGUUCAGGAAAAUAAGGAAUAUAUGAAGAAAGAACAUGAAGCUGAGCAUGUACUAGUACAAAGGAGCAGUAGUACAGCUGAAUUAGAUUUGAAAGCAGACUUGCAACAAACACAUGGAAACCAUAGGGAGAGAGAAAAAAGUGAAAGUGUUAGCAGUGACACAUCCAUUGGGUAUAAUAAUGAAGUAGAGAUUGCACUCAUCCCCUGGCAAGCUUCUGAAGAAGACCAUGAAGUUAAUGCAUCAACAGAUGUUUGUGUGGAUACUGAUGCACCUCACUGGCUUCAGCUUAGUCCUGCAGAUAAUGCAAAUUUAACAGACAGCAGUGAAUAUCUUGCUGAUGACUGCAGUAUAAUUGCCGGUGGAAGCCUCAUCGGUUGGCAUCCUGAUUCUGCUGCUGUGCUAUGGAGGAGGAUCUUGGGAAUUCUUGGAGAUGUGAACAAUAUACAGUCACCUAAAAUUCAUGCAAAAGUUUUUGGGUAUCUCUAUGAGCUGUGGUAUAAACUUGCAAAGAUAAGGGACAACCUUGCUAUAAGUAUGGAUAAUCAGUCGACUCCCUCUCCUCCUGUCUUAAUUCCUCCUCUCAGAAUAUUUGCAUCAUGGUUAUUCAAGGCAACCACCCUGCCAAAUGAGUAUAAGGAAGGCAAACUUCAGGCGUACAGGCUGAUCUGUGCUAUGAUGACUAGGCGUCAAGAUGUUCUGCCAAAUUCUGAUUUCCUAGUUCAUUUUUAUUUUGUGAUGCACCUUGGCUUAACAAGUGAAGACCAGGAUAUCUUGAAUACUGUCAUAAAGCAUUGCCCACCUUGGUUUUUCUUCCUGGGCCUACCUGGCUUUACGAUGCUGAUAGGAGACUUCAUUACAGCGGCAGCCCGAGUGCUGAGUGCAGACAUGCUGGAGGCUCCCCGUUCAGAAGCUCAUACCAUCCUUGGUUCUCUUGUUUGCUUUCCAAAUAUCUACCAAGAAAUCCCACUCUUGCGGCCCAUUUCAGAAGCUGGUGAGAUCAUCGCGGGAAGUGCAGAUGUAAAGUGUUACCUCAUAAAUAUUUUAUUGAAGAAUGCUACAGAGGAGCCAAGUGAAGCUGCAAGAUGUGUAGCCAUUUGUGGCCUUGGAGUUUGGAUAUGUGAAGAACUAACGCAGUGUACAAAUCACCCCCAAGUGAAGGAAGCAAUCAAUGUCAUAGGUGUGACACUAAAGUUUCCUAAUAAAUUGGUAGCUCAGGUAGCCUGUGAUGUUCUUCAACUGCUAGUUUCUUACUGGCAAAAGCUGCAGAAGUACGAAUCCUCUCUGUCCAGAAAAAUUACUGAAAUCCUCGUGGCCACUAUUGCAUUUCUUCUGCCAAGCGCUGAGUACUCCUCUGUGGAAGCAGAUAAAAAGUUUAUAGUUUCACUGCUACUUUGCUUGUUGGAUUGGUGCAUGGCAUUACCCAUGAAAAUGCUUCUGGAGCCAGUGUCUGCUGGUGUCCUUGAAGAUCAACAUGCAUCCAAAGCUCCUUUACUGGACUAUAUUUAUAGAGUUUUGCAUUGCUGUGUGAAUGGCUCCAGUACGUAUACUCAGCAAAGCCAUUACGUGCUGAGUCUUGCGGAUCUCUCAUCUAGUGACUAUGACCCUUUCUUGCCACUGGGAAGUGUCACAAGCUCUGAGCCAGCACAGUGCCACUCUGUCACAGAUUUGGGCAACCUGCUCACUGUUGCUGAGGAAAAAAGAAGAAGGAACUUAGAAUUAAUACCUUUAACGGCACGGAUGGUUAUGACUCAUCUGGUGAACCACUUGAGCCACUACCCACUCAGCGGAGGUCCUGCCAUCCUCCACAGUCUCCUUAGUGAGAAUCACGACAACUCCUAUGUGGAGUCCUCUGAGCUGUCAUCAGAAGUUUUCCGGAGCCCCAACUUGCAGCUCUUUGUGUUUAAUGACAGUACUCUUAUAUCAUACCUCCAGAUCCCUGCAGAAAAGAAGAAGGACACUGAGCCAGCAGUAGCCCCCUCAGAUGUGAGGGUAAUUGUCAGAGAUAUCUCUGGGAAGUACUCUUGGGAUGGCAGAAUAUUAUAUGGACCUUUGGAGGGCUGCCUUCCACGGCAGAGUACUCCGAGCUCAUUUGUGAUUUCAGGCAACCCUGAGCACCAGUUCAGUUCCCAGAAAGACAUUUCUCAGGUGGAAGAAGGAGAAGAUGCUCUUGACAAGUUGCUGGAGAAGAUCGGUAACACUAGUCCUGAAUGCCUUUUACAUCCCCAGCGGAAGCUGAAUGAGCCAUCGCCACCACCCUUUGGUAUGAGCUAUGAACAAGAGAAUGCAAUCACCGAAGCCCUGAUGAGGCAGAGUGCCCAGGAAAAAGACUAUAUUUUUAAAUGCAGCUCAGGCUUCAGUAUGAAGGUGGCCCAUCAAGAAGAACCACGUCCUGCUGAACCUCAAGCAUCCUUUUAUUUCUGUCGGCUGUUGCUAAAUGAUUUGGGAAUGAACUCCUGGGAUAGAAGGAAAAGCUUUCAUCUUCUUAAGAAAAAUUCAAAAUUACUGAGAGAACUGAAAAAUCUGGAUUCUCGCCAGUGCCGUGAAACUCACAAGAUUGCAGUGUUUUACAUUGCAGAAGGACAGGAGGACAAAUGCUCAAUACUGUCCAAUGCAAGGGGAAGCCAGGCAUAUGAAGAUUUUGUUGCUGGACUGGGUUGGGAGGUUGAUCUCUCAACACAUGGUGGAUUUAUGGGCGGCCUGCAGCGCAAUGGCAGCACUGGGCAAACAGCACCCUAUUAUGCUACCUCUACCGUGGAAAUAAUUUUUCAUGUGUCUACAAGAAUGCCGUCAGAUUCAGAUGAUUCACUGACCAAAAAGCUUCGUCACUUGGGAAAUGAUGAGGUUCACAUCGUCUGGUCUGAACACACCAGGAACUACCGCAGGGGCAUUAUACCAACAGAUUUUGGAGAUGUUUUAAUUGUUAUUUAUCCAAUGAAGAAUCACAUGUUUUUCAUAGAGAUAAUGAAGAAACCAGAGGUGCCAUUUUUCGGUCCUCUCUUUGAUGGAGCCAUUGUGACUGCAAAGCUUCUGCCAAGCCUUAUAUGUGCCACGUGCAUCAACGCCAGCAGAGCCGUCAAGUCGCUCAUCCCGCUCUACCAGAGCUUCUAUGAGGAAAGAGCUCUGUACCUUGAAGCAAUAAUCCAGAACCAUAAAGAAGUAACGACGUUUGAGGAUUUUGCUGCUCAGGUCUUUUCUCCCUCUCCCAGCUACUCCCUCGGUGGAACUGGCUGCCUCACCACAAGUGCAAGUGCCGACCUUACUGUCACCAUAGGAAUAGAGCUAGUGGAGCCGACCUCGCCGAUGCUGCCGUGUGCUGCCAGGAACAAAGUCUCUGGGAAGCUUCGCCGCUCCACCAGCACUCUCAGCAAGUCUUCCAACUGAAGGGCUGUGGGAGUGCACCCCCUUCAAGGAACCCUAAAGACCUCAACAUGUAUCGAGCCACGUACUUUGCCAACAGAACUUGAAAUUUGGGAUGAGCGCGUGCUGAAGGGGAUGGGUGAGGGGUUUGCUCUGUAAAAUUAUCAUUGGAUGUAUUCAUGCAGCCAUCCUCGAUGACCAAACAUCACCUGGGCUAUCACCAUGCACUCUCUUGACUGUUGCUGUUGCAAGGAGCAUGGCAGUGCUGGGGAGCCCUCCCGGCAGCAUGUGUCUCUCCUCCCUUGGCACCUGUGUGCAAGGCAGCUGUUGCAGCAAGAGGCCACAAACCAGUGCUGAAACCAGUUACCUAAUGUAAUUUCAGAGCAUUGAUUGUAGUCAUUCCAUCCAACACAUAAUUGUGUAUUAGGGAAUUUUGUCAAAGUGGAAAAGAGUUUUCUAAUGACUAGACAUGUUACAAAUGUCCUCCUCUGAAGUGUGGGUGAGUGAUUGAGGUGCUUUUCAGUAUCUAUUCAACCUCUGCUCCCAUUCUGUUUUCAGUAGUCAUCCAAUGCAGUUUUUGUGCAUGUAGCUAAGAAUUAGUAAUAAUCAGAGAAGCCAUUGAUCUGAAAUUCAGGAGGGUGCUGCCAAUUUCAUCAAAUGGCAGCACCUGCACUGAAAUCACUCUGCUUAAUCAUGCUAUCUUAUUCAAGGUCAUCCAUCACUACCUAUUGUGCAAAAUCCUGAAGCUGAGGAUGCUCCAGCCUGCAUUCGCCUGUGGUCGGUGCACUCAGCACUGCAGCAAGCCAGGCUUCUCAGCUCCUCUCCGGUGUGCUCAGCAUGUGCCGGCCUGCGGCAAAGGGAGGGCUGGGGGUGGCAGCACCCUGUGCCAGGCAUCAGCCACCAGUCAGCAGCUAUGGCGCCAGCUUGGUGCAAACAUUUCACAUCUUUGCAUGUGUUUUAGCCAAAAGACCUCUUUCUCAGCGCUGGCUUUAGCUUCAGGAUUGUUUAGUCCUUUCCAAUAAUGUUUGCGAUGGCUGCAUAAUGUGAACUGCUCACUAUGCAUGGAAAAUAAAAAUAGCCACAUUUCUUUUUGAAGAGCAAAUGCUGCACAUCUGCUAUGACUACUCACCAGGGCUUGAAUAAUUGUGAGACAGUAUACUUCUGAGGUAACCACUUCACCUUUCCACAUCAGGGCAAUAAUCUGCAAAUUGAAACAUCUCUACUUAGAAUAAAAUAAAUCUGAAAGCUUUCAAGGACAUGUAGUGUCCUGUUGGCACUUUGUGUAGUACGCAAAUCUUUUAUUUUGAAUAAGAAAUGUAUUUCAUACUACAUGUAUCAUAUGUUUCCGGGGUGAAAACUUUUUAUACCUUAAGAAAACAUGUAUUAUAAAAACAACGGCAACCCAGGAGAUGUACUGCAUGUACGCAAACAGGCAGCAUGAGGAAGACAUCCAGACCAAAGGCAGGAAUGGGCUGAUGCUCCACCAGCGAGACGCAACAGGCCACAGUAGCACAAGCCCUAGUGCCCCCGGGGGACCUGCUGGUGGCCAUGGUGGGGCAGGCACCAUGCAGCCCAGAGCCCCCAGCCACUCUUCAUAUAGGGGAUGAGCGGGGCAGGUGGCGGUAAAGCAGCUCAUCUGUGUUACCUUUGGUUUUUGGGUGUUCUGAACAUUGGUAUCUCUGUCCAGUAUGACAGAGAUACCUCUGGCCUUCCUGUUCCUUCUCAGGUCUUGUUCUUGUCGCUUUUUGUUCAAUUUUUGGUUAUUAUGCUACUCAGCAUUUAAAUGCACGUCUCUGAACUUAAUGUGAUUUGUCUGUACUGAAGGGGACUGACUUUUAAAGUGAAGCAAAAUGCAUGAUUGGGCCACCAUUUUUUGCACUUCUGCUUACAUGUUAACUUGAGCAUCUGUCUGUUUUUGUGUUAUCUCUCUGCAGUGCUUCCCUGUACCACCGGGCUCAUAGGACAUUUUGCUGUUAGCCUUGUGAAGCAGCUUGCUGGUGGCACAUCCCCAGGGCAUGCCUUUGGCUGGGCACUCUCACCAUCCAGGGCAGGAGCUGAGGCACACAGCAAGCGGGUGCGGGGCACAGUUGGCAUGCCUGGGAUCAGGGUGAAUGCAGGAAUCCUGCUGGGAAGGAGCCCGCUGGCCAAGCGUUUGACUGACAUUUUGAUUUUCUGCCUCACAUUUUGGUUUUGAUUUCUACUGAUUGUGUGGGGGUAAAUUGGAAAAUAAAACGUAUUUUAAUUUAUUUUUUUUUCAUGAUGGAAUGCACGAUACUGUCUUGUUCUUAGCUAAUAAAUGGUCUGAAAUCAUUUCAAAGGCAUUCUGAAUAAAGUGAGAUUUUUCUCUU